AUGGUGCAGAUUUCUGAAGAAUUACUCCCUCCCAAAGAGGGCUGGCUAUUUGAUUAUGCUCUCAUACAGCUCUACCCUGGGCAAGUUCCCUUUUGGCAAAAGUGGAAGGAUAUUGCCGCUUCAGCCUUUCCACAUCAAUUCGUUCUUUCACACGUCAAUGAUUUGCCCUCAGGUUUUCUUUUACCAUCUCCUGAACUUAUGGCAGCCGGCUACCUAUUCCGAAUUCUGGCACGGAACACCAACCAGUCGACCAGACAAAGGCAUCUGGCCAUUUUCGGGCCACCAGGCUCAGGAAAAUCCUCUUUCGCUUUGGCGGCUUCCAUGCCAAUGCUUAACGCCGAUACUUCUCUUGCAUCUACAGUUGCUAUGGGGGGGAUCUGCGUGGCUCCUGCCAACAAUUUGGCCUCAGUGACUAGCCUGACUAAAUCAGGUAAGGGGCAUCGUGCAUCACAGUUUCCCCGCAACUGGAAAAACGACCUUAAUGCACGUAAACUGGCGGGACUCCAUUCGGUUUGGAGGCUAGCAGAUGUCGCUGUGGGCCGCCGUGGCGAUGCCAUCACAUUUGUCCAAAAGUACGGCAAUGACGACUCUGGUGAUGAGAUGAAAAUGGUCGAUGGUCUGCUGUUUCAGGUGUCUGGAGUUACAAACCCG